CUGAAUUACACGCAGGCGCACGAGGCGUGCCAGGCCAAAGGAGCGGUUCUCACAUCCGUCAAGACCUUCGACAAGCUGACAAUCGUGAGAAGUCUGGUGAUAGGAAACAUGGCCUGGGUCGGAGCCGACGAUCUGGGAAAGCAAGGAUCCUUCACGUGGAAACUUGAUUUUUCAACGUUGACGAAUGAAACCUUGAAGUCUGUCUUCGCCCCCGGUGAGCCCAACAACGCCGGGGGAAACGAACACUGUGUCCAGUACUAUUAUGUAAAUAAGAUGCUCAACGACGACAAGUGCUCGAUACGCUACGGUUACGUCUGUGAAAUGCCUCUGCCCUUUUACCAUAACAUUUUUUAUUAA